AUGGCCUCCUACACGCAAUCCUCAGCCACAAUGGCCACGUUCGCCCGGAUGGUCAAGGGCCAAGUGCGCUACUACUCCGCACCAGUGGACGUAGCAAUUCCCGCGAGCAAGCGCAAGUACAUUCCUACUUCGGGUACUUACCCGAAAGGCUUCGUUGUCUCCGGUACACACGUCGGUGUGAAAGCAUCAAACACCAAGUUUCCCGACCUCGCCCUCAUCUCCUCCGAGACCCCGUGCUCCGCAGCCGCAGUGUUCACGACCAACAAGUUCCAAGCAGCCCCAGUUCAGGUCAGCAAGAAGAUCCUCAAUGCUAGUCAGGGCCAGGGUAUCCGGUCCGUCAUCAUCAACUCGGGCUGCGCCAAUGCUGUUACCGGUAAAGGCGGCCUCGAAGAUGCCAUGAACAUGGCAGCAAAGGUGGAUGAAUAUACCGGCGUCGCUGAGGCUGGUACGCUCGUUAUGAGCACAGGCGUUAUUGGCCAGCGGCUACCCAUCUCCAAAAUCCUUUCCAAGAUCCCUGACGCCCACGCAUCCCUCUCCUCAACUCAUGACGCCUGGCUCACCACUGCCCGCGCGAUCUGCACAACAGAUACCUUUCCCAAACUUCUCUCGCGAACUUUCACCCUUCCCUCCUCUCCGGGCCGCACCUACAGCCUCGCCGGAAUGACCAAAGGUGCCGGCAUGAUCCACCCCAACAUGGCCACCCUCCUCGGUGUCAUCGCCACAGAUGCUCCCAUUGUCCCCUCAGCCCUGUCAUCCCUCCUCAAAUCUGCCGUCUCGCGCUCUUUCAAUGCCAUUUCCAUCGACGGUGACACCAGCACAAAUGAUACUGUCGCCAUUCUGGCAAACGGAGCCGCCGGCGGCGCACCUAUCAACACGACCCAGUCGGAUGACUACGUUGUUAUGCAAGAUAUUCUGACCUCCUUCCUGCAAUCCCUCUCGCAACUCGUCGUGCGGGACGGUGAGGGUGCCACAAAGUUUGUUACUGUCCGGAUUCAGAAUUCCCCUGACUACGAGUCUGCUCAGCUUAUUGCUUCCACAAUUGCCCGGUCUCCCCUUGUGAAAACGGCCUUGUAUGGGCGGGAUGCUAACUGGGGCCGUAUUCUUUGUGCUAUUGGAUACACGCAAGGUGUUAAGGAGGGCACUGUUGUGCCCGAGCGAACUAGCGUGAGCUUCAAGCCUGUCGACGGAAGUCCUGUGCUGAAACUCCUUGUAAACGGCGAGCCAGAGCAAGUGGACGAGGAACGCGCUAGCGCCAUCCUGCAGGAGGAAGACCUUGAAAUUGUUGUUGACCUUGGUGGCGGUGCCAAGGGCGAAUUGGGUGGUGAAGAGGGCAUCUACUGGUUCUGCGACUUCAGUCACGAGUAUGUGACUAUCAACGGUGACUAUAGGACUUGA